UCCCCGGGUCGUCCGCGCUCCUCCCUCUCGGCGCGCCGGGCGCGAAGCCUGCGACGCGCGAGCAGAGCGAAGCGCGCAGAGCCGAGUGGCGCACGCCGGGCAGCGGCGCAGGCGGCCGGGAUCGCAGCCGGAGCCCUCACUCGAGCCCGCCCGCCCGUGGACGCCCGGACCAUGGCUGCCGAGGGACCCGGCCCCCGCGCCCGCCUCUGGACGGCGGCCCUGUUCCUGCUCGGUCUGCCGCGCCUCUCCGUGCGGGCGGAUGGGAAGCUCUUUCUGCUGGAGUCUCGGAAUGGCUCUCGGGGGCUGGACCUGGAGGAGGCUCGGCUCUCCUGCAGGAGCAGGGGCGCCCACCUGGCGUCUGCGGAGGAGCUGCGGCGGGUGGUCCAGGACUGCACCUUCGCCGUGUGCGCCACGGGCUGGCUGGCGGACGGCACCCUGGGGACAACGGUGUGUAGCAAGGGGAGUGGCGAGCAGCAAGUCAUGAGAGCUGUCGACGUGAGAAUUGAGAGCAACCCGGCUCCUGGCGGCACCUACAGUGCCCUUUGUAUGAAGGAUGAAGAGAAGCCGUGUGGAGACCCACCUUCGUUCCCACACACCAUCCUGCAGGGACGCACCGGCUUGGAGAUGGGAGAUGAGCUGCUGUAUGUGUGCCCCGGGCACGUCACGGGCCACCGUGAGAGCGCCUUCACCUUGCUGUGUAACAGCUGUGGGGAGUGGUAUGGCCUGGUGCAGGCCUGUGGGAGAGACGAGGCAGAGGCGCAUAUCGACUAUGAAGAUAAUUUCCCUGAUGACAGAUCCGUGUCAUUCAAAGAGCUCAUGGAGGACUCCCGGACAGAGGCAGAGGAGGACAGGGGUCAGGGAGAGGCCUCUGAGCAGGCUCCGAAACAGGACCGCCCAGUCUCCGUUUCUGCGGGUGGAGAAAACGUAGCCCAGGGUACUACCUCUGUGCCGACCACAGGCUUGCCCGGCACCAGUGCGGGGAGCAGCACCCCCACGGACCUGCCAGGACCCAUCCUGAAAGGGAAGUACUUGUUCUGGCUCCCUGCGGAGACCUUUCACAAGCUCGAGCUGGAAAAGGAAGUGGAUGAUGACACCAAGAAGCAGUUCCCUGCUGGGGACAACCACAGCGGCAUGACGCUGGCCCCAGGUGCACCGGAAACCAAGGUGACUUCUAGCAGCACGGAUGGCUCCUCGGGGCCAUCUGUGGGCAGGAAUGACAGCAAGGCAGGGGACCCAAUGGUGAGCAGCAGUGACGAGUCCUGGUUGGACGGCUACCCUGUGACCGAUGGGGCUUGGAGGAAGAUAGAGGCAGAGGAGGAGGAAGCGGAGGAAGAUGGCGACAAAGGGGAUGGAUCGGUAGGGCAGGAAGAAUGUGUCGUAUUUACUCCCCAUCAGCCCUUUCUCGUGGAAGUUAAGAAGCGCAGGAGUACCACCCUCACACCAAGCGAGGACGUGACCCAUAGUUCAGUUCCUCCGUCUCAAACACUAGAUGUAGAAGCUUUUGCUCUCAGACCCAAGAGCGUGUCUGAAACCGAGGGACCCACCCCGGGGGAUGGUGGCUUACCCGGGUACCAGCAGUCAACCGUUCCCUGGAGAUUUGCCACAGAGAAGUCCCCCGUGGCCACCCUACCCUAUGAACUCACCAGCUCUACCCUGCAGACAGAAACAACUGCUGUCCCAAAGACCCCUCACCACAUUCCCUCAACUGUCACAGUGGCCACCCAGACGCCACCCAUGGAAACCGCUGCUCCCGAGGUCCAGGACAACUUCCCGUACCUGCUGUCUGAAGACUUCUUGGGACAGGAAGGCCCCGGCCCAGGUGCCAGUGAGGAGCUCCUUCCCACCUUGGAGCCGUGUGUGGGAGACGAGUGUCCUAGCCUCAGCCGAGGCCCCAUCAUUGCCACCACCGUCACCGUCCUGUGCCUGCUGCUGCUCUUGGCAGGCGUGGGGGCUGUGUGGGGCUACCGCAGGUGCCAGCACAAGAGCUCCGUGUACAAGCUGAACGUGGGCCAGCGGCAGGCCCGGCACUACCACCAGCAGAUUGAGAUGGAGAAGGUCUAGCCACCUUUGGAGCGGGCUCUGCCAAAGCCACGUGGCAGGAAUACACACUGUGACACGUCACACGGAUAAACACUGAGAAUUCACUAGAGCAUGAAAUAGGUGGCAUCGGGCUGGUCUCUUUCCCUCAGGUCUUCGUUCUAUAGGCCGAGCAGGGUCUCUGGGGGCACCUGGCGGGGAGGUCCGGAUGGUCUCUGCACUCAUGUCAACGUCUCCUCAACCAUCUGCCCUGGCAUGAACCACGCUAAUCCAAGAACUGGGCUUGGGCCCUGAUUCCACUGCGAGGUCAAAGCUCAGCCCCUGCUUCGAUACACUCUUGUCUUCUUUUCUUUUGUUAAGAAAUAAAAGGACUGACUCCGUGACCGGAUGUUUUUGAAACAGGCGUGAUGACCAGAGCAUUUGAGGGCAGUGUUAUUUAGGAUACGUGACCUAUGUGCAAAGGUUGGGAAUGAGAUAUAGAAGAAGAAUGGGUUAUUUCCUUUUAAUGUGACGUUGCUGAGGGCAGAUGAGCUAAGCACCAGGACGUAGUCUAGAAGCUCCGAGACUUCUUUGUAAUUGUUGUUGAAACUGGAGAGAAUUUAAGGCUGGCAUUUGGUUGGUGGGAGCGGGGGGCGGGGGGGUUGUGUGAAGGAGGUGGACACACAUCCGCUUCUGUUCCCUCCUUUCUGGGGGACCGCCCCUCGUGUUUUGAAAGACAAGGUUAGCUUUGUACCAGUAAACACCACUUCCUCUUGGAAGAAGUGGCCCUAGUUGUCCUUGACCAGUCUCUGCCUAGGAAUGUCUUAGAAUUUUUGCCAGGACUAACAGAACUCGGUGCUUGGUUUCCUCUCUCAGGAUUAACCGUUUCUCUGAACUUCAGUAACAGGGAGUGACCUGGGAGGGGGGAGCAUUUUAAGAGGGCGAAGGACUAGGCUGUCAGGUGUGGGCACCUCCAGGAUGGGGGAGCACGGGAACUAAGAAAGACGAGGGUGGUCCGCGCUGCUCUAUUCCUCACUCUCUCGUGGCGAUGGCGGGUUCUGUGGGCCCGGCAUGAGUCCAGGCUGGCCUCGUCUGGCUGUUGAGUGACCCAUUUCACCGUAUCCGGGCCAUCUUUCGGUGACUCCGCAAGUACUGUGCACGACAGUGGUUCUCAAAGCACGGUCCUCGGACCAGAGGUGUUGUCAGCACCCGGAAACUGGCCGGGGCUGCAGAUUCCCUGGUGUCGCUGCCCCAGGCGUUGAAGCAAAAACCCUGGGAGGUGGGCUCAGCUCAGUGUUGUAACCAGCCCUCCAGGCGCCUUAACUGCACGCUCGAGUUUGAGAACCGUUGGUUUCCCGUGAGUUUUGAGCUUUGAGGCCUGCUGAAGCUCCAGAGGCCCAGAAGAUGAGGAACCCCUGGGGUCCGUCUUGCACCACAGAGGUCAAUGUGCAACUGAGGGAGCGCUCGAAGCUGGUGCAAUGCCAUCUCCAGCGGUCUCCUGUGCAUUGGCAUAGAAGCAAAACACAUUACAUUUUUCUAAUAUGAAUCACCUCCUUAGAAAUCAUUUCCAUUGGUAGAAAGUGAUGAAGGCAUACAUUUAUUCUGAGACUAAGAGUCUAAGUUUUGUUGUGUCUCCUAAGAGAGAUCCUGAACUUCUUUGUAAGUGAAAAGUGGUUAGGAGUGUUUUAGCUAAGGAAAAAAAUUCUUGAAACAUGCUUUCUACUCCGCCACCUCUUUGGGGUGCAAGCUUUGGAAAAAUAAUAGUCUCCAUAGCUAUAAAGACACGACACAAAACUGAAGGACCUUAGUCUCCAUGACCAGGUAAGACGAAGACCUGAAGACACCAAAGGGGACACCUGUCUGCCAGAUGAAAUCCAGAACAAGAAGAAUGAAAUGCUUUCUGCAAGUAGCCAAAGCAAAACACAACAGAAUAAAAGCCAGAGACUGUAUAUAUUUAUAAAUUAGAUUCUUUUCUAAUCUAUAAGAUACCUUUCCUAUUUUUAACUGCAUAAAGUAACCUCCGUCUCAAAAUUAGGAUUGUGUUAUCCAACUCUUAUGUAAUAACCCAAGAACAUUCACGUCGUACCAACCCCCAAGUAGGUUGUAUUAAUACAAAGGUGUUAAUAAAUGUAUUACAAAUAUAUUAAUACAUGUGAAUGUAUUGUUUUGUAGACAUAAACUGCAAAAGAAGCCCAACACAUCAGUUUUGAAGUUUUCAUUGAUUUGGUGUCCUCUAAAUUAAUGUCGUAGGAUCUAAAAACUCAUAUAGAGAGGGAAUGAUUAAAAUACUGUCAUUAUGCAUGUUUUGAGACUAGGAAAUGUUUAAUGAGCAUGGAAAUGGGUCCAUUAACACAAAGGUUCUGAGAUAUUUAAAAUAAAUGAAUAUGUCCCCAAA